AUGUCUUACCAUACUCUAUUCUUCCUGUUAUUCUGCUCAACUCUAGGCUACAGUAAUCCGCCGGAUCUUUCUCAGUUGAAACUUGAAUUCGUUCAAGCGGUACGUGUACAGUACACCCACGCCCACACAAAUCUUCUACACACUUUCAGAUUUGGCGGCAUGGCGAACGGGCGGCUCUUUCCGAUUUGUACCCGGUUUUCGAGGCGAACUGGACGUUCGGAGGCGGCGGAUUCGGAGAGCUGACGCCCAGAGGAAUGGCUCAGAUGGACGAGUUUGGCGCGUUGAUUCGCAAGCGAUACGUGGCCGAGCAACUGUUUCUGACGCAGAGGUUCAAGGCGAAUCAGGUGCGUGCCCGGUUGACUCAUCUACUUUCCACUUUCCACUUUUUAGAUCCACAUCCGUUCGACCGACGUGAACCGCACGAUCCUGUCCGCUCAAUCGCUUCUCUACGGCCUCUAUCCUCCCGGCGACUGGAAUGUGGCAGGUAGGGCGAAAGCUAGGCCACCGCCCAGAAAUGCUAGGCCAUCUCUCAGGUCUCGACUACCCGGCCACCGAUUUCUGGCAGCCCGGAUUCACCUUCAUUUCGGUGCAUGUCGACGGAAAGGACAAGUGUGUAGGUUAUAAUACAAAGAAACGUUCUAAAAUUUUAUUCUUAGGCCACUUCGCAGACGUGUGAUUGUCCCAGGAUCUCUGAACUUUUGACAACGAUGCAGAAACUGCCGGAAGUCCAAGAAGCGAUGAAAAAAGUACGAAAUUCUCUAUUGUCCUCGUGAGAAUUCGCAUUCUCUUGCAGAUUUUCGCUCUGAACCGUCAAGUGGCCGGCUACUACAAUAUUUCGAAAGAUGCGGAUCAGUUUAUGACGUACGCGGAUGCGUGGAAGUGCCAACGCGCCUAUUUCAACGAUUCCAUGUACCGACAACUUCCGUUCUACACCGAACAACUCUACACGACCGCGCAAACCACGUACGCACCCUACAAGGGCUUCAUUCAGGGAUAUUUCAGUGAGUUUAGAGGAGUUGCGCACAGAAUUCAUCGCUUUUUUUGUCGGGAAUUCUACGAUUGUCGACGGAAACGAUGUUGGCAGAGAGUUGAGAGCUUUGAGGGCGGGGCCUUUGCUCAAUGAGCUCUAUCAGAGGGCGCUGGAGAAGUUCGAGUGCUCACAGAGCCCUGGAACCUGCGGAGGCUACUUGCGGGCGAUGAAGUUCUACGGAUAUUCAAUGGUAAGCGAUUUCUAGGCCACAUAGGGGAAUUCUAGGCUAUGUAGGAUUGUCCACGGCCGUCUAGGAGAAUCCUAGGCCACCUUGCAUCUUCCAGCACGACAACAACGUCUACUCGACCCUAGUAGUACUUGGCCUACAAAAUCUGACCGGAACUCUGGACGGCUGGCCCGACUACGCUUCCGGAAUUGUCUUCGAGUUCUUCCGAAACUCCACGUCGAAUGAACGCUUUUUCAAGGUCUGCAAAAGUUAGGCCACCACUCGAAAAACCUCGGCCACCCGUUUUUCAGGUCCUGCACCGCGCGAAAACGGGCCAAGACCUUCAGGAAGUGACCGAAAUGAUCGCCAAUUGCGAUGGAUCCACUUUUUGCCCGUUUUCAGCGUUUCAGAAGUUGGCCGACAUGUAUCGACCGGUGCCGGACUAUCAAAAAGUGAGCAGAUAAUAUUGGAAACGUGUUUUUGCAUAAAACUCUUUUCAGGCUUGUCUCGCAACGACUUCAUCCUCGAAAAUCAAUGUAUUCGCAGUUUUUCUAUGCAUUUUUGUACUAGUUCAAUAG